AUGUCAUAUGAACGUCCUCCCAGAACGCGCUCUCCGUGAUCGCGGACACAGCUGAUCACGUGAUGUGGUAAAAGGCCAGCUGUCAGAUCGUGAGGAAAGUACUGCCGAGAACCGGCAGUUUGUCAGAGCGGGGAUCGGCACUGAUCAUCAGGGUCACUGAUCACCAGUGCCCCGAUGAUCGGUGCCCAGCAGUGCCACCCGCAAGUUCCGCCCACCUGUGCCCAGCAGUGCGCCCACUAUCUCCGCCCACCUGUGCCCAGCAGUGCACCCACCUGUGCCCAGCAGUGCACCCACCUGUGCCCAGCAGUGCACCCACCUGUG